AUGUCUUAUCCAGGAGGUGGACAUAGAACAUAUGGGGGCUACGACCCAAACUCUUAUCAAAAUUAUAACAAUGAUGGAGGCUAUGGUAACAACCAAGGCGGCUACAGCAAUAAUCAAGGUUAUAACCAGCAGAAUUUUGGCUACAAUCAAAACGGAUAUGGUGGAGGUGGAUACGAUAAUUAUGGAGGACCUCCACCGGGACCUCCUCCAGGACCUCCACCUAAUCAGGGGUAUGGUGGACCCCUAGGACCUCCUUCAGGGCCUCCUCCUAGCUACGGGAAUGACUAUGGAGGUGGCUAUGGAGGUGGUUAUGGAGGUGGAUUCGGAGGCAAUAAUAAUAAUUAUAAUACUAACGGCAAUAGUUAUGGAGGGAAUAACGGGGGAUUUGACGACUACAAUAAUAGAGAAUACAAUCAAGGUGGCUGGGGUGCUCCAGGAGGUUAUGACAAUGCUAAUUUUGGAGGCAAUUAUUCUACAACAAAUAUGCGAUUCCAAGCACCUCCAACUCAAGGUCAAUCUUUUGGUGUUAGUGGUAUGCAAAACUAUAUGUAUUCACAAUGUAACGGCCGCCGAAAAGCCUUGUUAAUUGGUAUUAAUUACUUUCGACAAAAAUCUGAGCUCAAGGGCUGCAUUAAUGACGUUAAAAACAUUCGCAACUUUUUGGCUCAAAGAUAUGGAUAUAAACAAGAAGACAUGGUUAUUCUUACAGAUGAUCAGUCUAACUCUCAGUCUAUUCCCACAAAAGCUAACAUUAUCAGAGCUUGCCAAUGGUUAGUGAGGGAUGCCAGGCCAAAUGAUUCACUUUUUUUCCAUUAUUCAGGGCAUGGUGGCCAAGAAAAAGAUUUAGAUGGAGAUGAAGACGAUGGAUAUGACGAAUGCAUUUAUCCUGUUGACUAUGCAACUCAAGGCUCUAUUGUCGAUGAUCUUCUUCACAAUAUUCUUGUUAAGUCUUUGCCUCCCGGUGCUCGUCUCACGGCAUUGAUGGAUUGCUGUCACUCGGCUACUGCACUUGAUUUACCUUAUGUUUAUUCAACAAAGGGUACUUUAAAAGAGCCUAACCUGUUAAAAGAUACAGGCAAAAAUGUAUUUAGCGCUUUUUCCAGUUAUGCUACCGGUGAUAUUGGUGGCGUAGUAAGCUCUGUUAGCGGUGCUAUCGGUCGGCUUACAAAAGGAAACAAGGGUUAUGAAAAGACUAAGCAAACUAAGACAUCACCAGCAGAUGUCAUUAUGUUUUCUGGCUGCAAGGACAGUCAAACUUCUGCCGAUAGUUUUGAAGAUGGUUCUGCAACCGGUGCUAUGUCCCAUGCUUUUAUUCAAGUUAUGUCAAAUAAUCCUAACCAAAGUUAUUUGUCAUUAUUAAAUAACAUGCGUGAUGUACUUGCUGGAAAGUAUGACCAAAAGCCGCAAUUAAGUUGCUCUCAUCCUUUAGAUUGUAAUCUUAAAUUCAUUAUGUAA